AUGGCUUCUGCGGAUCCCUUCUCCGAUCACGCUGCUGUGGAUGACCACGAACGUGUGGACAGACCGGCAGCGAUACCGCACGACACCGAGCGAGAGCUGAUCGCGUCGGCGACGCUCGCUCUAGGACGGAACGCGACGCUCACGUUGGGCACAGAUUCCUUGAUAUUGCUCGACGAAGGGCUCUAUGGGUCAAGCCGGACUCGAUGUUGCGGGCUACUGAGUGAAGGCACAGCUCAGACGCGUUCGAUACCCUACUACAACAUCCUUUGGGCCGAAAUCGCUCAGCUCAGUAUCACGAUUCACUACGCCAAAGCAUCUAAAUCCACUGUCAACGUCGCAUACCUGCAUUACACCUUCGAGUCUGCCUCUGAUAGCGCCAUCAAAUGGGUCGAGCGACUCAUGUCCCGCGCCUAUCCCGGCACGACUCAGCGCCAGAAGAGAAUAAAGCUGCUCAUCAACCCAUUUGGAGGAACAGGCAGAGCCGCAAAACUGUACACAUCCCGCGUCGAGCCCAUCCUGGCUGCUGCACGCUGCUCAGUUGAUGUCGAGCGAACAGCCUAUAGCGGACACGCAGUCGACAUCGCGUCGAAACUCGACCUGGACACAUACGAUGUACUGGCAUGCUGCUCUGGUGACGGACUGCCGCAUGAAUGCUUCAACGGUCUUGCCCAGCAUACAGACCCGCAUGCUCUUCAAAAGAUAGCUGUGACGCAGCUCCCUUGUGGCUCCGGCAAUGCUUUCUGCUGGAACUUUAAUGGCACAGGCGAUCCCGCGAUUGCGGCACUUGCCGUGGUCAAAGGUCAGCGUGCACCGUUUGACCUUGCCAGCGUGACACAGGGCGACAAACGAACCUUGAGCUUCCUGAGCCAGAGCAUCGGCAUAGUAGCAGAAAGCGAUCUGGGCACGGAUAACAUUCGUUGGAUGGGUGAAGCGCGAUUCACCUACGGCUUUCUUGUGCGUCUGCUGACAAAGAAGCGCUACCCUUGCGAUAUCGCCGUCAAGGAGGAAAUCGUGGACAAAGCCGCUAUCAAACAUCACUUCGCGGAACAAGCGAGACACAAACUCGAUACGGACUGGGAACAAACUCGCACGAAGGGCUUACCAGUCCUGAAGUACGGCACAAUACAAUCUCCUUUGCCCACACCCGAGCAAGGUUGGACGCCCUUGCAGACUUAUCCUACGUUGGGAAACUUCUAUUCCGGCAAUAUGUGUUGGAUGGCUGGCGAUGCGCCCUUCUUCCCAGCCUCUUUGCCGUCAGACGGCAUGCUUGAUCUUGUCACUAUUGACGGCGGCAUCAGCCGCACGAAGCAGAUCAAAAUGCUGUUGGCUGUGCCUAAGAACACGUUCUUCGAUAUGCCCGAGGUCAAGGUCAGGAAGAUCAGCGCCGUUCGCGUGAUUCCCAAGUACGGAAAGUUCGCGGAAGGUGCUCGACCAGGAAAAGAUGGAUCAGAGGAGGCCUAUUUCAGCGUCUGUGGCGAGAAGUUCCCAUUCGAACCAUUUCAGAUCGAGAUACACCAAGGCAUAGGUACAGUAUUGGCCAAAAGACCAGGUCUCUACGAAGGACCUGGUCCGGCGGGAUGGGAGCAAUUGCUCAGAGAUGAUGUGGAGGGUGGGAGUGAGAGUGAGAGUGCUUGA